ACAUCCCACCACACGGUGUCGCUGUGAACAGAGCUGACCUCUGUUUCCCUCCGGCGCUCUGUCUCCUCUCCGUUGUUUACGUUUGUCAAGCAACAUGGAGGACGAAGUGGAUGUUGAUAUCGAGGGAGACGAGUUUGAAAAUAGUAGGAGUGAGUUGGACGGGGGAGGCUUAGUCCAGCAGCAGUUCAUGCAGUCUUCGUGGAAGAGCAGCGCGGGGAUACUGCCCUGGGAGUUGGACAGCUCCAUCAGCCCGGAGAACAGAGAAGUCAUCGAGAGAAUGCUGCUGGAGGAACAAUACUACCUGACAGGUGAGAAGCUUCAUAAUUAUAUCUGGGAGAGCGAUGCUAACAUCAAGCCCAAAGUGAAGAAGUCUCCAGCAAAGACGUUGGCCUCAGCCUCAGCCUCUGGCUCCUCUUUUCGUUGGUCCAAACAGGAGAAAGAUCUUUUUGAGGAAGGGCUGGCCCAGUUUGGUCGAAGGUGGACUAAGAUUGCCAAGUUGGUGGGCAGCCGUUCCGUUCUUCAGGUCAAGAGCUAUGCCAGACAGUAUUUCAAACACAAGGCUAAAUCAGAACCCAAACCUGCAGCUCCCUCUGCAGGUGCUGUGCCGCACUUACAACCUACUCAGCCCACCUCCAGUCACGCAUCUACUCUGGCAAACACUGUCCGCAUAGAAAAGCUUUCUUCUGAUGAAGAAGAUGAGGAGGUGGACAUCACUGAUGGCCUGAGCGAUGAUUCAGAUAGUGACGAUAAACCUCAGGAUGUUCUCAAAACUGAGUUCUGUGAGCCAGAACAUGAAAAUGACUCUGAGCUAGACAACCACACCGAAGGACAGAAAAAGGACCAGCCAAGCCGCACUUCGUUAUUCCCACAAAGUCCUCAACCCUUGUCUUCCCUCCCUUGCUCAGAGAGGACUGGUAUGACUGGGCUGGCUGAGAAAGCCUACGAGCCAGUCUCACCACUUUCAGAACACCUUCAGACCAGAGUUGAGACAGCUUCAGAGCAUACUGAGGAGAGUGAAGGCCAGAGCUCCCAGUCUUGGAGUUCGGUACAGACUGGUAAGCUGGAAGAGGACUGUAAUGGUGGCACAGCUCAUAUGACUGAGAAGACUCAAGCUGAUAGACCAGAAGAAGACCAGCAGCAGGAAGAGGAGCAGGAAGAGGAGGAGGAGGAGGAUGAGGAAGAGGAGGAGCUUAAGGCCCCUGAGAAGGAAAUAGUGAUGAACCUGGAGACCAUUACAGAUGAUGAGAAACAAGCUAUCCCAGAGUUCUUUGAGGGGCGACCAUCCAAGACCCCUGAACGAUACCUGAAGAUUCGAAACUACAUCUUGGAUCAAUGGUUGAAGUGCAAGCCCAAGUACCUGAACAAGACAUCAGUCCGUCCUGGACUGAAGAACUGUGGAGAUGUCAACUGUAUUGGGAGAAUACACACCUACCUGGAGCUGAUUGGAGCCAUCAACUUCAACUGCGAGCAAGCAGUCUAUAAUCGCCCAAAGGUAGUGGACCGCUCCAAGCAUAAGGAGGGAAAAGAUGUGCUUGAGGCGUACCUCCUCGCCCAGAGGCUGCAGAGCAUGCGGACCAGGAAGCGCCGUGUGCGGGAUGUAUGGGGAAACUGGUGUGACGCUAAAGAUUUGGAGGGACAGACGUAUGAGCAUCUCAGUGCUGAGGAACUCGCUCUGCGGAGAGAAGAGAUGAAAAAGCAGCCCAAACCCUGCAAGGUCUCCAAAUUCAGAGGGUCUUAUGAUCCCUUCCAGUUGAUACCCUGCAGGUCUUUUGGAGACGAUGUUCAGGAACCAUUCCAGGUGAUUGUGUGUGCCGAGACUCUUCUCAUAAUGGACAUGCAUGCGCACGUGUCGCGGGCGGAAGUAAUCGGCCUACUAGGCGGAAUAUUCAGUGAGGAAGAGAAAGUAUUAAAGAUCUGUGCAGCAGAGCCAUGCAACAGUGUGAGCACAGGUCUGCAGUGCGAGAUGGACCCGGUGUCUCAGACUCAGGCCUGUGAUGUGCUGUCAUCCCUGGGCUUCAGCGUGGUGGGCUGGUACCACUCACAUCCCUCCUUCCACCCCAACCCUUCAGUGCGGGACAUAAACACACAGGACCAGUUCCAGAGUUAUUUCUCACGCGGUGGAGCCCCCUUCAUCGGGAUGAUAGUGAGCCCAUAUGAUCCAGCCAAUCCCUCCCCACACUCCCAAACUACCUGCUUGUUGGUGAAAGAGAGCCAGGAGCCUUCAGGUCCACAGAAGCUGCCCUACAGAUUUGACUUCUUGUCAUCACAAGACAUUCCAGACUGGGAGCAGAUGUUGAGGAGAGCUCAGUGGAUCGUCCACAAAUACUGUCAGUCACUCGGGAGUGUGCAGAUGGACAGAUUCUUUCGGAAAGACUCCCAUCUCACUUGUCUGGAGAAGAUGCUUUCAUCUCUGGCCAGAUACCUGGAGCCCCUGCCAGAUGAGGAGGGCAAUUCCUUCCUCACCCAGAUCCAGGCCCUUUUCCAGUCAGACUUUAUUGCCAAGCAGCAAACAGCUGACCAGAAAGAGGGAGAAUCUUUAAAUAUCUCAUCCAGACCAGCGGAUUCAGAUGACUUCACUCAGCUGAUCAGUGAAGAGAGGUCCCUGGAGGGAGGAAGAGAUUCUGAUCCAGAUUCUGCCAGAGCCCCAGACAACAGUGUGCAGACCACAGACACAACCUCUGAGACAAACAACAGCACAGUGUUGCAUCUGGGUUCUGUGCUGUCAACUGAACAUGACUAUUUGCUGUGAUAGGCUUGUAUGUAAAUAUUAAUAAGUCUUGUAUCAGUAUUAGCAACUUUUUUCUUUCAUGUUGUUUGAUGUUAAUCCAUUAACCAAAAACACAGUGAUACACCCAGUGCAGAUGUGCUUUUGUGUGUGUGUAAGAAGGAGGGAGGAGAGUGUGGGUGAACAAUUUCAUAUUUUCAGUUCUGCAGCUUCCCUUUUAAACAAAAAUAAAAAUCUAUUUUCAUA